AUGACGGGGCCCCGCCUCCAGCCGAAGAACCCGCCCCGACGCCGCCGAAUGCAGGAGGAGCAGGAGGAGGAGAAGAAGACGCCCAGAACAGCGCUCGAGCACCAGGUCACCGGGUUGGCUCACGGACUGGGCCCAAUCAGACGGCCGUCACCACAACCCCUCCAUUCUCCUUUCGUCCCUCCUUCGGUAGCCGGGUUCGACACGCACGUCCAGGGCAUCCGCCCCGCCCCCUUCUUCGCGAGCAGUCCUCGCUUGCGCUGCUGGGGACGCAGCUGA